AUGGCCGACACGCGCAAGACUGUCCUGAUCACAGGCUGCUCGUCCGGCAUUGGCCACAGCCUUGCUAGAGAAUUCCACUCGAAAGGCCUGCGCGUCUUCGCAUCUGCCCGCCGUACCGAGGCCAUCGCCGAUCUCGCCGAGCUGGGCAUUGAAACCGUUGCUCUCGAAGUCGACAAGCCCGACAGCGUCCGGCAGGUGCGCCGCGAGAUUGAGGAUCUCACCGGCGGCAAACUGGACUUCCUGGUCAACAAUGCCGGCCGCAACUACACCGUACCCGCCCUCGACGUCGAAAUGGAAGAAGUGCAGCAGACAUUCGAGGUCAAUGUGUUCUCGGUCAUGCGCAUGUGCCAGGAGUUUGCGCCGCUGUUGAUCGAGGCCAAGGGUACGAUUGUGCAGAUUGGCAGUCUGGCAGGCGUCAUGCCUUAUGUUUUCGGAAGCGUUUACAACGCGUCCAAGGCCGCGCUCCAUGCGUACAGCAACACCCUCCGCGUCGAGCUCUCGCCCUUCGGUGUGCGUGUCGUCACCAUUGUUACUGGCGGCAUCAAGUCCAACAUUGCCAGGACGGACCGCCAGCUUCCGGAGGAUUCGUACUACAUCCCUCUCAACGAGGAAUACCAGAGGCGUCUGAAGCAUAGCCAGGAAGGUGCUAUGCCCAGCGAUGACUACGCUAAGAGCGUCGUCUCCAAGGUCAUGAAGUCCAGCCCGCCGAAGUGGGUAUGGGAGGGCAACAAGUCAUGGGCGGUGUGGUUCCUCAGCAACUUCCUCCCCAAGAGCGUUAUGGACGCAGUGUUCUUCCGCAUGUUCAACCUCUGGAAGCUCGUUGGAACGACUCGGUCGAAGAAGACUGCGUAA